AUGUCCCGAGGAAUAUGCCCACGCGUGAACUCCUCCGGAUUCGGGUGGAUCGUGUUGACGUGCUUGUUCUGGGUGAACGUGCUCGACGUGGGCGCCUACAGCUGUCAUGAAGUGAGGACGGCGUUCCAGCUGCGGCAGAUCGGUCCGCUGCACCGGGUACCGGAGACACCUGGCACAGAUGUGGACCUGCUGGUGUGUAAGCACCAGGGCCCAUCCUGCUGCACCCGGAAGAUGGAGGAGAGCUACCAGUUUGCUGUAAAACGGGAAACCCUUCAGAACAUUCGCUCCUACAGCUUCGAGCUCAAGUACCUCAUCUCCAGCCACGCUGACGCCUUCCAGGAUACGUUCCAGUUCCUUCUGUCCUUCUCCCAGGGCCACCUCAGUUCCCUUUUGGAGAGUACUUACUCUCCCCUGUCCCGCCGGGCGCUCCCCCACGUCAACCAGCUGUUCUCCUCCCUCUCCCUCCACCUGCGCGGGGCCAACGUCUCUGUGGAGGCGGCUGUCCACCGUUUCUUCGACAGCCUCUUCCCACUGGUCUACACGCGUCUGGUCAACCCAGGCAUGGAAGGAGGGGUGGCGGAUGGAGGCGAGAGGAGUGACUGCCUCCGCAUGACCCGGCAGGACAUCAACCCGUUCGGCACUCACCCGGCUACCAUGGCCCAGGAGCUGGCCGGGGCUCUGGGUGCUGGGCGACUACUGGGCUUGGCCCUGGAGGAAGGCCAGGAGGUGAUGAACGCCACUGAGCACUUCGGCCUGAGCAGAGAGUGCGUCAAGGGCCUGGUGAAGAUGGUCUACUGCUCCCACUGCAGAGGCCUGACACUGAUCAAGCCCUGUGUGGGCUACUGUCUCAAUGUGCUGCGGGGCUGCCUCGCCAGCGUGUCGGAGCUGGAUCAGCCUUGGAGGAAGUACACAAGCCUACUGGCGCGGCUGACCCACGCGGUGGCUGGGGACCACAGCCUGGAGCUGGCGCUGUUGGCGGUCAGGGGUCACGUCAACGAGGCCCUCCUGUAUGCGCAGCUACACGGACCGCUUAUUACCGCCACGGUGGACAAAGUGUGUGGCCUUUCUACCGGGGAACCUACCAGCAUACAGCCCACUAGCCCAGAGGUCACGACCUCCAGUAUGACCUCGCCCACCCUUCCCCCAUCUGCCCCCUCUCCACAGCAACUGCUGGGUCAGCUAGCCCACUUGAGGAGCUCCUUUCCCCUGAAACCCUCCAAGAACGAUAAACAUAACAGUCUGAGAAAGAUCGCUAGGGACUUCCUGAUGUACCUGCAACGCUACAAGUCUUUCUUUGCAGCGUUGCCAGAGAUGCUUUGCGAAGGUGAGAAUGUGGUGGACGACUCCACCUGCUGGAGCGGUGACGACGUUGUGGAGAGCUAUACAGGCAGAGUAGUGGGGAACGGUCUGCAGGCCCAAAGGCAGAACCCGGAGGUCAAAGUUCGCAGCCCUAACCCCACCCUGACCGAGAUCAAGGAGCGGUUGGAGCGCUUCAUCCAGGAGACCCAGGAGGGUUUUCCAGGGCUGGGCCAGAGUGGAGCCUGGGAUGACCUGGGCAGUGGAGAGACAGAGGAGGGUAGCACGACGGACUGUGACGAUGAAGAUGGAUGUCAGGCCUCGGGAGAUGGCAAAGACAAGACCUGCUGUUGCUGUGGCAGUGCUCCCGAGAUUCGUAUUAAAAGGGAGCGUGACCUUCCACCGACCAUCCCUCCCGCGUGGAAAGAGACUUCAUUACCAAGCAAAUGA